ACCCAAAAUGCAUUGCAUUUUCAAUAUGGCGUCCUAAAUGAUUUGAUGUAUGAAUCGAAGAACAGCAACAAAAAGUAAUAAACUCAACAUAACAGUGCAAAAAGAGAUUGUAUUUCGGACAAAAAUAUGACACUGUUACUGAAUGCGGCGAAAAGCGUCCCGAAGGCAGCGUUUUACAAAAGUCUCGUUCGUUACUCGAGCUCUUUGGCAGACAGCGGCCUGAAAGCCGAAGGAGAAGUUCCGCUGCUGAUAGUCGGGUCAAGCCGGGAUCUGGUGAACAGAGUCGGGACACAGGUGGAGGUGAGGACGGACUUCAUCACCGAGUACGAGGAGGCUGAACUUCUGCAGGAGCUGGAACCUGGUUUGAAGAAGAAACGUUACGAAUUUGAUCACUGGGAUGACGCUAUUCAUGGAUUCAGAGAAACCGAACGUGUGACGUGGGGGGCAGCAUGCCAGACCAUCAUAGACCGUGUCAGAUCUGUCGCGUUUGCCUCUGGAAGCUCACUUCUUGGGCCCGUCCACGUCCUCGAUCUGGACAAAGCCGGCUAUAUCAAGCCUCACAUUGACAGUGUCAAGUUCUGUGGCAGCACCAUUACUGGGUUGAGUCUUCUUUCAGAUAGCGUCAUGCGCUUAGUCAAAAAUGAUGCUCCGAGUGAGUGGCUAGACAUGCUGUUGCUCAGACGCUCGCUCUACAUUCUAAGGGACCGGGCCAGAUACGACUUCACUCACGAGAUCUUAAAAGAUGAGGAGUCUUUGUUUAAUGGACAGAGAGUGCCUCGACAGCGACGCAUCGCUGUUAUUUGUCGGAACCUUCCGGCUUAAAAUGCACUCAGAUGGGAUAUGAAUUCUACCUGAGCUCCAAAGACAAUGUAAGUGGCCUUCAUUAGGUAUGUGUGCAACACUUGAUUUGUGUUUGAUAAAAAAGACGGUAUUAGGUGUGUCAAGUAUGUUCCGAGUCCAUAUUUUCAUGGAUUACAUUAACUGACCCAAUCACAAUUAAUUGCAUGAUUGAAUAUUACCUCUCAACAUCAAAAAGUGCCGUCCUCUGUAAGGUAAUUUCAAGUUACAUGUGGAGGCAUUUUGACUUAAUGGUGGUUGAAGAUAAACGUGUACUUGUCUGUAGGCUUUUUACAUGAGAUAUUUGAAUGCCAGUAAAGUGAGCUCAUCGGGUUUACUGUCAGUCUUUUUUUAUUUUACCCGCAUCUUACUGCGCCAGUGUUACUGCUUGAAACGAACUACUGCGGGCACGCCUUCAGUUUAAGGUUAACUUUUGUCGUCAACCUGUUGAACCCCAAAACGGGAUGGUUUUUUUUCUUCAACCAUUAACAAUCAUCAAAGAGAGUAAGCAUUUUUAGCACUUUAGAUUGGUCAAUAAUUUGUAACAACAGCUAAGAGUACAGAUUCAUGGCAUAAAUGUGAAAUUGACCAAAUUGUGACAUCGGAGGUUUUGGCCUGACGUCGGCACUUUGCCGGUGAAACCGUUGUUAUGAUUCUGUAAAUUCACUCCAACUACUGAAAUACUUUUGUUAAAAAAAUGACAACACGUUUAAGUCCAUUAUAUUGGUUUGUAAGUUUUAUUAGAAAACAACUCGAUUCUAUCAUGUACGUUCUUAGUUGUGAACAGCAAUUGUUUCUUUUCAUUCAACACAUUAGUUCUGUUGCUAUACAAAAAAAAAAAAAUGUCACCUCCUACAUGUGGAGCAAUUAAUCUCCAGAUCUGGUGUCAUAAUCAUGAAAACGCACGAUAAAAUGAUUCUCCACUUCCCUCCACCCCCUUCUGUCCAUUUUCUCCAGCGCGCUAGUCUUCAAAAGGCUCACGUGUGAUCUGGAGCCUCUUUCUAACAUUCACUCCGUGAGAUAAAAAUGCAUUUUGUCGUUGAUGUUUUUGCGCUCCGGGUUGAGGCGUUUCAGAAUCUGCGCCAGCACGUUGACAGUCUGCUCACUGCUCAGGCCAGUGCGCUUAGUCUGGAAUUUCUUCAGCAGGUCUUUGGUGGUCAUCGGUUUCCGGAUUAGGUAGCGGCGGACCGCUUCUUCUGUGAGCUGUACGUCGCUGCGGGCCGCGGCAAAGACAAGUUCAAGCGAGCUCCCAAAACCGUUCCAUUUCUCGUGAUUGUAAUUUCAAGGGAGGUGUAAAAAGACGCGAGAUAAGACGGUACCUGGAACUGGGAGUAGAUUUCCCUGAUGGGGGUUGAGGGGUGCUCUUCCCAGAGGGACAAGGGCUCUGACCGCUGGGGUCCAUCUUGAGCCUUUUGGCAGCUGGCGAGUCUGUCCCUGGACCUUGCGUCUGUCUUUUACCUGUUGGAAAGUCCGAUCUUAUUGAUGAGAAUAUGGAAACGAUUGAAAAGCGUGCCCCCCCCCCCCGGAAAGAUAUCGGGGGCAUAUAGGGUGUUGUUGAUUUAGUACGAAAUAGGACAAAAACACCUAUUUUUGGACCUUGCAGAUCAUUUCUAAGAUAUUUGUAACACACCUUGCUCGAGCUUGCUGGCAGCAGCGCGAAGUGUGUUGGAGGUUGCGGCGGAGUCGAUGGAUGGCGUUCCCGGCCGGCUGCCAGUUCUGGAGCUCCCGGCAGAGCCGCGUCCACCUCCGCGCUUGGGAGGAGUGCGCUUCUUCUACAGAGGAGGAGGGACAAGAAGAUUCAUUGUGGGUACACAAAAUCUCUUCAAUAUUUUUUUUUUUUUGCAGUCACGUUUCAUACAAUCGAUAUUGUGAAGUAAAAAAAAAAAGUCACUUAUUCAUCCGCACACACACUAACCACCAUAAAUAAAGCGGAGGCCGUUUCUCCCUCGAUGUCACUGUCGUCAGAGCUGUCCGAUUCGCCGCUGCUGUCUGUGAAAUGUGAAAACGCACAAACUUUUUUUUCCCUCGCACACACGCCACAGCAAUCUAACGAGACCCCAAUGUAAGAGUUGCAGGUUUACAAAAAUCAGAGCGAGCGGCAUUUCUUUCAAAUCUUUCAUAUUGUAGCGUCACAGUGAAAGGGGGUGUUGGCGUUUUUUUUUUUUUAAGUACUAUAAGUACAUUUUGGAGACAACCGCUAAGGUUUUGUCCCUGUGAGGCACGUACCUUUUUUCUUCUUCUUUUCUGCCUGUGCUGUUGUUUUCUUUCCUUCCUCCUCCUCCUCCUCUUCCUUUGCUUCCUCCUCGUUCUGUUUCUCCUCCUCGCUCUCUUCCUCGCUUUCUGAGGCCUCAUCAAUCCCUGUUGAGUUUAAAAAAAAAAAAGGAAAGUAAAA